CAUGGAUUGACUGAGCGUAAAGAUUCAUCGGGUGCGCCACUUUGCCCUUGUAGGCAUUAUGACGACAAAGCUGCCGAGGUCAGUCAGGGCUUUUGGAAUUGUCCAUGUGUUCCGAUGAGGGAGAGGAAAGAAUGUCACUACAUGCUCUUUCUCACUCCAGAUAAUGACUUUGCUUGCCAGGAUCAGACAAUCACAUUGGAAGAAAUCAAGGAAACAACAGCCAACAUGUAACGCUUGACACUUCAAAAUUUACUUCUUAAACAGUCAUAACUUGGUUUUGCCCCCCCUAAAGAGAAGAA